GCGCCAUGUCCGUUUGGGUUUGUUGCCAUUUAGGACGGGACCUCGGCAGGACAUGUACCCAUCCUCCCCCGGAAUGCCGCGCGCGCGCGCUUCAAUUCAACUCUCUACCCCCAACCUCCACCGCCAGCCCUAGUCAACCUAGCUCAAAAGUCCAUUGAUUGAUUCAAGUUCCGACAUCCAAUAUCACUUCAAUCCGUGGACUCAAGGGAGAUACUGCUUGGCUUUGCACCAUUGCACUACGAUUGUCUCAUUUCCCUCGGUCGGACCGUUCAGCCACGCCGUACCGACCUUAGGGACUUGCCUCCACUACCCAACGCAAACACAAACCUUGACUCGGCUCGUCGACAUCAAGACCAGCCGCAGCAGCCAUGGCUACGAUGCCAUCGGCGCCUGUCACUGCGGCUGCUGCCGCUUCGCGCUCCAAGCCGGCUGCCGCUCCGGCCAAACCCCGAUCAGCAGUGCGCCAGGUUCUGUCGCUGCCGCCCCGCCUCUUACACAUGUACGACGACUUCAUCAUCAAGAACGCCAGCCAGGUGUCACAGAUCGAAAGCGCAUUGCGCUCACUGACAUAUGUUAUCCCCGGCCGCUUCCGCGAUGCUGAAAUAGCCUCGGAGUCUCUUCACUCGGGCGUCGGCCUCCUCUCCCUAUAUCACGAUCUCGUCCUACAGCAACGCGCCACAUCACCCUCCUCUCCGAAACUUCAACAACAGCCCACAUCCGCCCGACCGGCGCACACGCGCUACACGACCUUUUGGUUUCAAAAGUCCCCGAUAUACCGCCGUGUCGCCCUCGCGCUGCAGGUGGUCCAGUAUACUCAGCUGCUCCUUGAGAUGGCCGCUAAGCGACGUGGCGACGAGCGCCUGCGCUGGCGUGUCGUCGUUCUCGUCGAGGCCUUCAAGGCCUUUUGUAAACUAGUCCUGCUCCGCAUCACCCGCGGGCGGCCGCUCCUCUCCCCGCCCGUGCCGGAGCGACAGGUCCUACCCGAAGAAAGUGAAGACGACCUGAAUGGUGUCCCGCUGGAAUUAGGAGAUGAGCAAGGUGAAGGUCAACACGAGAACGGCCUCUUGGUCAAUGGCAACGGCAACGGCGCUGCCAAGACCAAUGGCCACGCCCACACAAACGGCAAGACGAUACCAAACCCAUCAUCUCCCCAAAAGGAGUGGUUCAUGCCGCGGACCCAGGCUACUCUCCCAUCCCUGCCUUCAAACUCAGACAUAGGCUCAUAUCUUCUCUCGCGCGUCCUGACCGCCGACGACAUCAAGCCUGCCCCAAAGCUGCUCCGCCCCCUGUCCGGGACUGCCCGCGCGGCCGAGGUGCUUCACAUUCUUGCCCCGCUCGUUUACGCUCUGACCCUGGCGCACUUCUCCCUCCGCGCAGCCGAGAAGGGCGCUUCGGGCAAGAAGAAGAGUGGCGUCGCGACCUGGACGCCCUGGCUGCUCGGUGUCGCCCUGUCCCUGACCGCGCGGCAGCUGCGCGACCGCGGCUUUGGCGCCUCGGCCCUGGAGCGGGAGGAGUGGGACCGCCGCGGCUGGGGUGUUGGGUGGUGGGCCAUGCGCGGCGCCGCCUACGAGCACGUCGUCAAGGGCAUGGUCGAGGGUGUCAGGAGGAGGAUGCCGAGCUUCGUCGGCGGCGUGCUGGAGGACUACGAGUACCUGUGGGAUAACUACUACUUUAGCACGGCUGAUUAGGACAAACUGUUACCGGCGGGGGAUGACAGUAGCGGUGCCUGAUGUGCGGUUUGUUGUGGGAAUCAAUAUGAUGGAUGUAUUCAUGUAUAACUUAUUUGGUCUUGAUUGAUAUCAGUCCAGGUCUCGAUUUGUGCUUGUCUCUUGACUUUGCGAUAAUAUAAUUUUCAUGAAAGUAGAAUUCAAGAUAUUUGACCAGUUUUGUAAAUAUAUGGGAAGCGCUUGUG